UCCAUCAGAUUCACCAACAACAUGGAAACCAGAAACCAAACAGGUGUUUCAAAAUUCCUUCUCAUGGAGGUGACAGAGGAUCCAGAACUGCAGCCCCUCCUCUUCAGCCUGUUCCUGUCCAUGUACCUGGUCACCAUCCUGGGAAACCUGCUCAUCAUCCUGGUUGUCAUCACUGACUCCCACCUCCACACCCCCAUGUACUUCCUUCUCUCCAAUCUGUCCUUUACUGAUAUCUGUUUAAGCACAACUACCAUCCCCAAAAUGCUGCUCAACAUACAAACACAGAAUCAGAGCAUCACUUAUAAAGGUUGCCUCACCCAGGUCUGCCUGGUCCUGGUUUUUGCUGGUGAGGAAAGUUGCCUUCUUGCAGUAAUGGCUUAUGACCGUUAUGUGGCCAUCUGUCACCCACUGAGGUACACAGUCAUCAUAAGCAUCCGUCUGUGUGGCCUGCUGACUCUACUCUCCCUGUUCAUAAGCAUUGUGGAUGCCCUGGUUCAGAGCCUGAUGGUGCUGCAGCUGUCUUUUUGCACAGAUGUUGAAAUCCCCCUCUUCUUCUGUGAAGUUGUCCAGGUCAUCAAGCUUGCCUGUUCUGAUGCCCUCAUUAAUACCAUUCUGACAUAUUUUGCAAGUGGUAUACUUGGUGCUAUUCCCUUGUUUGGAAUAAUUUUCUCUUACGCUCAAAUUGUCUCCUCUGUUUUGAGAAUGCCAGCAGCAGGAAGAAAGCAUAAAGCUUUUUCCACCUGUGGGUCUCACCUCUCAGUUGUGUCCUUGUUCUAUGGGACAAGUUUUGGGGUGUACAUUAGUUCUGCAGUUACUGACUCAUCCAGAAUCACUGCAGUGGCUUCACUGAUGUACACUGUGGUCCCUCAAAUGAUGAACCCCUUUAUCUACAGCCUGAGGAACAGGGACAUGAAGGGAGCUUUGAGGAAGCUCAUUGGUAGGACACCUUCCGUUGUGUGA